AUUCCUUCAUUCUUCAACUUUUAUUUCUAACAAGAUAUAUAACAAUGGCAAGAGUUCAGCUAUUUUUAUGCUUUACCAUUCUUUUUGCAUCAGUGACUCUUCUGGACAUCGUUUCAGCUCAUUUGAAGCUUAAGCCAACUUUGCCUCAGAUUGAACCUCCACAAACGUUGAAGGAUGUUGAACCUUACACCGUUAAAGUAGUGAUAGUCUUUGUGUCCGACCUCGAGAAAGAAUGUCCCAAGACAAAUAAAUUCAAGGCUUUCUUUGAGAAACUUAGGGCAUUCGCCAAGUAUGUCUGCCCAAUAAAAAGAAAAGACCAAGUAGAUUACGACCGAGACAUGAAGGCCAAGGCUGGAGGCCUCUUCCAAGUCAUAUCUUCUUUUGCGAUUGGAAAGAUAAAAAAGGAAAUUCAAGAGGAUAAAAUGGAAGUUAUUAAUACCUUUAAGUUUAUGAGAUUUCUUGCGACUAAAAUUGUGGGAAGCCGCAAAAAGGAGGAGAGCGAGGAAUCAAUGAAGCUAACAGCAGAACAACAAAAAGAAAUCAAAGAAGGGAUCUUAAGAUGGGAAACAAUCAUUACUCGGAUCACAAACACAAUGGUAUCGAGCACAACCAACUCUGCUUCUUCCAAUGAAGAGUCUAGUGUUGGGAAAGAAGCUUCCAGCGAAAACAGCAAAAGCUCUGGUAAAGAAAGUGAGAGUUCCGCUAAAGGUGAAAGUGAGACAUCCGCUAAAGGUGAAAGUAAGACUUCCGCUAAAGGUGAAAGUGAGACUUCCUCUUCAAAAAGUGCUGGUGGAAGCUCUACAAGCGCUACUAAAGAAGAAAGUUCCGCUAGUCAGAGCAGUGGUGUAACAGUGACACAAGUCGAGGAAGAGACGUCCAAAGAUGUUUCGACAUUCAUAAUGAACCUCGAAAAGAAGUGUCCACAAAAGGAGGAAUACAAGGUCUUCUUCGAGCAACUCAAGGGUACAAUGAUUGCUCCCCCCAAAGAAAGAAAAGGUUUAUUUUCUAGGAUUAAAUCUGCUGCUGGUAAACUAUCGGGUGCGAUGGGAGUUAUGCGGUCUAGAAUUGGAAGCAAAUCAGCAGAGGUUAAAAAGUCUAUGGAAACUUACCAAGAGCAAGUGAUGAAAACUCUUCAAGAGUUAGAUACCAUCCACAGUCAAAUUGUGAGUCAGAACCAAGGCAAGAAAGAAGGAUCUUUGACAUGCACACCAGCACAACAAACACAGAUUAAGACAACAAUUACUAAGUGGGAACAAGUCACAACCCAAUUCGUAGAGACCGCUAUUCAGAGCGAGACAAAGUCAUCAUCAACUACUUCAUCUUCUGUUGGCAAAAUGAACACAAAUUGAAAUCAAAGGCAUAACUAAAAUAAUGCCCUAUGUUAAUACUACUUUUGUUUUUGUUGUAAAUAAAACCAAUAUCUGUAUAGGCCAGCCAUAGAUCAGUCGAGCGAUCUAUACAAGGAAUAACUAUGUAAAUGUAAAUAUAUAUUGUAACAAACAGUCAGAAGUGAGUGAACUCACUCGAUGAUUUUUAUUGAUAUUUUUGUCUUCUUCGAAAUUAAACUAAGAAGAAUAUGUUUAAGACCAUAAAAGGCAAACGACAUAAUAACUUUUAACGAGAUUUAACAAUGUACGAA